ACAACAAACAACAACUACCUCUCUUCAUCACUACCAAUUUUUCUUCACCUCUUCCAAGCCAAACUUAACAACACAAACACCAUUAUCAAAAUGCGUUCCACCAUCGCCAUCGCUCUCUCCUUCCUCACCGCCGCCGUCUCCGCGGCCCCAACUGUCCGAUCUGCAAGCACAGUUGAAGUCCAAUUCUCCAACGUCGUCACAGGAGCAAACGGCAACGCCUGGAUCCCACUCGAUGGAUCAGCCGUAGUCCUCGGAGAGGCAUACGCCGAUACCGAUUUGGAAGUUAACGGAACUCUCUUCGUCACCAGCUUGGAGUUCACUGCCGACUUCCAGAAUGUGGCCUGCACGGUCCUGAAGACCGCAACAAACACCGUCGUCGCUAGCAUUGCCGACCCAGCACAAGACUUCCAGACCUUCUCCGAGAAGCCAUUGAACUGGCAAGCCGGCUUCACCAUCAGCUGUACUGUCGCAUAAGUUAGCUCUUUGGCUGCUGAAGGGAGAAUGGAGUGGUAGAAUGGACUAAGGGAUGGGACUAUUCAUUCGUUCUGAGCAUUUUGGGUUGCAUUUGAAUUCUGCAUUG